AUGUCAGCCACCUUCCCGGGACUGGUUCACGAUGCGGAGAUACGUCACGACGGAUCAAACAGCUACCGUUUGAUGCAGCUCGGAUGCUUGGAAUCUGUGGCCAACUCCUCUGUCGCAUACUCUUCCUCGUCUCCUCUCACGUACCCGGCAACCGGAACCGAUUUUGCCUCUCCGUACUUUCCUGCGAACCACCAAUACACGCCCUUACACCACCAGUCUUUUCAUUACGAGUUCCAGCACAGUCACCCGGCCGUGAACCCGGACGCCUACUCACUCAACACACUACACCACUCCCAGCAAUACUACCAGCAGCUGCACCACGGCGAGCCGGCAGACUUCAUCAACUUACACAGCGCCCGGGCUCUCAAGUCGUCGUGCCUGGACGAGCAGCGGCGGGAGCUGGGCUGUCUGGACGCUUACCGGCGACAUGACCUCUCGCUGAUGAGCCACGGCUCUCAGUAUGGGAUGCACCCGGAGCAGAGACUACUGCCCGGGGCUGGACUGGGGCUUCCGCCUCCGGGGUCGGAGGACCUACAGGGCUCUGUGGACGCACAAUGUGGACUUGUUCUUAAUGGCCAGGGAGGUGUAAUCCGUAGAGGUGGCACGUGUGUGGUCAACCCCACAGACCUGUUCUGCUCCGUGCCCGGCAGACUGUCCCUGCUCAGCUCCACCUCCAAGUACAAGGUGACGAUAGCGGAGGUGAAGAGGCGCCUCUCGCCGCCCGAGUGCCUCAACGCCUCCCUGCUGGGGGGCAUCCUGAGAAGAGCGAAGUCGAAGAACGGCGGCCGGUGCCUGCGCGAGAAGCUCGACCGCCUCGGCCUGAACCUCCCCGCCGGACGCAGGAAAGCGGCCAACGUCACGCUGCUCACCUCGCUGGUGGAAGGUGAAGCGCUCCACCUGGCGAGGGACUUUGGCUACACCUGUGAGACCGAGUUCCCCUCCAAAGCCGUGGGGGAACACUUGGCCCGGCAGCACACGGAACCGAAAGAACAGAACGCACGCAAGAAGAUGGUGCUGGCCACCAAGCAGAUCUGUAAGGAGUUCCAGGAUCUGUUGAGUCAGGACCGCUCCCCCCUGGGUUCCUCCAGACCCACACCCAUACUGGAUGUAGACAUUCAGAGACACCUCACACACUUCAGUCUGAUCACCCACGGGUUCGGCACGCCUGCCAUCUGCGCGGCCCUCAGCACCUUCCAGACCAUCCUGAGCGAGAUGCUCAACUACCUGGACAAGCACUCGGCCAGCAAGGGCACGGGCACGCCGGACGCGGCCCAGAUCAGCGCCGGCGCCGACAAGACGGGCAUGCGCAAGUCCGGCGACGCCACCGUCAAAGACGGCAAGAUGGAGAAGACGGAAUGACUCUUUUGAC